UGAACUACUGUAUUAAUGUUGAUGAGCAAGUCAAGCGUGACCAGUUCGGGACACAUGCCAUAAUCACUGCCAGAAGUGGGCGUCAACGAACAAGCACGAAAUGACCUGUGCUGAGCAUGACUCUGUAGGCAGACUUCGGAAGGGGUCAAGGACAUAAUGUGGAGUUGACGUACAUGCCGGCUGUGUUUGUUCUCAGGACGAAGGACUGCCGAGCACCAGUGAGUAGAUGACAAUUCCAGACAGUAAAUCUUCAGCGUGAGUUUUGCAGUUGUUGGAAUUUAAGACGUGCAAUUGUCGAAGUGUCGCAGAAGCAGCAGCAUUGCUGGGUGCUUCUUAACUCACUCACUGUGUGUGGAUUCCAACCACAGUCAAGAAGUUGGUUAGCUGCAGGAAGCAUGUAUGUCUUCAACUGUUCAACGAUGUAUGUUCUAGACUUCUAAGACUUGCUUCAAGUGCAGCAGCUUUUUCUUUCUUUCUGUUUCUCUCCGUCUUUCCUCGGAAACGAGUUUAUAGCCCUUAAUUCUUCACAUAAUGAAACCGAAUAGGAUCUAAAUUGGUAUGGGUUUGAUGCGUAUUGGUCAGCCGCAGGGGUGGUAGUGCUUCAAGCUAAUGGCCAUUCUCACACUUGUACCUUUUCACAGAAUCUGGUCGCAACUGCGGUCUGAUACGUUCAAGGAAGUCUGAGCGUCCUGGGAACAGGCCCGGCACUUUGCUAAUCACACGCUGUAAAUCUCCAUGAAGCAGAAACAAGGAGGUUUUCCAAACACAGAAAUGUUCAUUUGUGAGAGAUAUGUCAAGACCUUCGGUAUAGGUCAGCGUGCAGAUUAGUGUGUGGAUGUAAAGACACCUUUGCUGUCAUCUGUUUGGCGAGCACGCUCACACAAUGACAGAGUAUGUUUACACAUACAAAGUAUCUUCAGGCAAGGGAGGUGGAGAAAGAGAGGUAGAGAGGUAGAAAGAAUAAGGGGAGGCGUGAGGAAGGUAGAGCAGCAGGUGGGGAGGGAGAGAGAGAGAGAGAGAGAGAGAGAGAGAGAGAGAGAGAGAGAGAGAGAGAGAGAGAGAGAGAGAGAGAGAGAGAGAGAGAGAGAAGGCACUUCUAGUAAACAGGCCAUCAUGGCAACGCUUACGCAGGCUGUGGGUUCGUUGUUGAGACAACCCGGGCAGACUGCUUGUUGUUCUCUGCACCAAAGAUGUCACGGACCACGUUCAUGUAGGGUCCGUUUGACUGGAUUAUGUGUUGGAAAGAUUGCAUGGAUCAGUAUACACAGUGUUGCAUCCUCUGGGAGCAGUGCACAGCACCCACGCAGAAGUUCGUCUUUCACUAAGGAGUCUCUGUGUAGAACUGCACCGGCCAAACGCUCAACUGGUGCACAGGCCAGGAGACCUCUGGCUCCUUUGGUCACUCUCCUUACCACUGUGUGUACACGAUUGAUUGCGGAUGUAGAUUGCCUUAAAAAUAUGGGGCUCUCUCUCGAGUCCUCGCCCUCUCUGAAGUCUUCUCUCUCUGUAUUCUCGGGGACAAUGACCGGUGUUGGCAGUGAUUGCCAUUCGUCAGUGGGACUCAUGAAUAUCGUCUCUCUCCUCUUGUCGGCUACGGUGGAUUUCUUGUCUAUGCUGAAAUUGAAAUAUCCCUUUUGGUCAGUCGUUGCGGGUCCAUCCCCAGAGCGCAUACUUUGUGCUGUGAGUGCUAGUACGAGGCAGGUCCUGUACAUGGAUAGUGAGAGUUCAGAAACAGCAGGUGUAGGGAUGGGUAGCAAUCGGGCGGCUGGGCUGCAGAACAUGGGAGCGGAGGAGGGUACCGGUGAUUGGAAACCAGGAUUGCCUGAUGGGCAGAAAGGGGAGGAGGAAGAAGAUUGGUUCUUAGCGAACAGUGGAUUGGUGCGGUCUAUGCCAUUGGUAGUGGGAGGAGUAGGUGGUUGCCUAGUGGUAUUGAACAGAGUGCUCUCCGGAGUUGCUCCAGUAGCCGAUGCGAGCAGUGGUCAGUCUCGUGCGGAUGUUCUGUCACUGGCGCUCUCAGCAACUCUCUUGUUGACUGGUCUUAUGUGGAAGAGCGUACAGCCAAAACCGCCCGUGACGGUGCGGCUCCAAGGAGUCGAGUGUCUCCGGAUGAAUCCUGUUCUGCCUGCUAGGGCUUACGAGGAGCUGUCAUGGGCAUGGCAACUAGUGCAGAAAUCAAUGAGGUGUGGAGGUAUGGUGGUCAUUUACGGCGGACAAUGCAUGAUGCAAGCUGGUACCGCAAGGCAGUCUGAGUCUGGAAGCGGCGAGGCGCAGGUUGUUGAUGUCCCUGCUCUAGUAAACAAACCUAUUUGCGGGGGGGUUCUGCAGUCUGGGAAGGCGAACUACUUUGGGAAUUUGCCGCUUUUCCCUGGCCGUGUUGAGUUUGACUUUCUGCCUUCUAAUACUCAGGCUGUUGUAGUUCAUCCCUUAGGCGAAGAAGGGCUUCUUAUCUUGGCGAGCGAUACUGUAAGAGGAUUUCGACCGAUUGACCAGGCUUGGAUUGCCACAAUUAGUGAGAAGAUCGACUCCACACUUCAGGACGUGCAGGAAUUGCAGAUUUCUGCUCCCAAACCUUCCCAAUAAGGAUCACUAGGUCAACCUAUUACAUCUGUGUGUGUGUGUGUGUGUGUGUGUGUGUGUGUGUGUGUGUGUUUGUGUGUGUGUGUGUAUGUGUCUCUUCUUGUGUGUGUGCAGAAUGUGUGUGAAAUGUGUGUGCACGUGUCUAUGCUUGUGUGUGUGCAGAGACACUUUGCUUGUGUGUGCGUGCAACAUACAGAGCACUUGGUCAACGUCUGGGAGCUUAUCUUUAGCAGUGUGUGUAUGUGUCUAUGCUUGUGUGUGUGCACAGACUGCGUGUGAAUGUGUCUGUGCUUGUGUGUGUGCAGACACUAUGCUUGUGUGUGCGUGAUACAUACAGAGCACUUGGUCAACGUCCGGGAGCUUAUCUUUAGCAGUGAAAGUAAUAAGUAUUGAGCACUACUGGUGGAAGCAGAAAUUCACCUCAUAGCUUUUCUGUCCCCAUCUGCUUGGGUCAUGUGUUGAAAUUCCGAGUUCCGUCUAUUUAUCCUUGUCCGCUAUCUACAUCCCAAUGCCUCAAUGUAACUCUAGUCCCUCAUGUCACCACCUGUGAUGUAAGAUGGCCGGCACCAGCGCCGCAAACGUCUUUCACAAUGAAUAAGAUCCAGUUUG